GUUGGAGCCUGCUGAGGUCAGGGAGGCGCCUCACAUGGAGGGCUUGCAGGGAGUGUGGGCUGAACCCGUGGCUCCUGGGGGCUCUAGUGGAAGGUCUGAUGAGACAGACGGGAACGGAUUAUUGAUCAGGUAGUUGGGAGGUGAUAUGUGCUUAGUUCUAAUUGCCUCCCCCAUCCCAGUAACAAAAACAAGUGGAAAGCUGAUCAGGCAGUGCAUCUGUAUACCCAUGAAGCCAUCGUUGACAUGCUGCUGUUCCGGGGCGCCACCGUGUUUCUGCCUCUGGGCCUUCGGGUGUCCGUUUCCUCCGCAUCGAACGCAUCCUGGUGGGGAAGAGGUCCUCCGAGAACAAGCCGGAGGGGAUGCUACUGAAAACUUCGAGGAUAUCGGGCACUCUACCGAUGCUCGAGAAUUGUCCAAAACGUACAUCAUUGGGGAGCUUCACCCAGAUGACAGAGCAAAGCUAACUAAGCCUUCGGAGACUCUUAUUACUACUGUUGAGUCUAAUUACAGCUGGUGGACCAACUGGAUGAUCCCAGCCAUCUCCGCACUGGCCGUAGCCCUGAUGUAUCGCCUCUACAUGGCAGAAGACUAAAUACAUCCUCGGGAGCCAGAGA